UAGGGUGACCAACAAGGUUGGAUCCAACGUCACCUUGAUCAAUGUCAUGGAGAUUGCUGGACUCAACACCCUCGGCAUCUCAAUCGCACGCAUCGACUAUGCUCCCUUAGGCCAGAACCCUCCACACACGCACCCCCGCGCCACUGAGAUCCUCACGGUGCUCGAGGGAACAUUGUACGUUGGCUUUGUCACAUCCAACCUGCCCGCCCCAGCCAGAAACAAGUUCUUCUCAAAGGUGCUCAACAAAGGUGAUGUGUUUGUCUUCCCCGUGGGGCUCAUCCACUUCCAAUUCAACCCUAACCCCCACCAGCCCGCCGUUGCAAUUGCCGCGCUCAGCAGCCAGAACCCAGGGGCUAUCACAAUUGCCAAUGCGGUGUUUGGGUCAGACCCACCAAUAUCAGAUGAUGUUCUCGCCAAGGCGUUUCAGGUGGAAAAGAAUACGAUAGACUGGCUCCAGGCUCAGUUCUGGGAGAACAACCACAACUAAGUUAGAUGUUGCUGAUUACACGGAAGACCAGUGCCUAAAUAUGGACAUGUUUGAGUUACUAGAUAUGCAUCCUAUUUUAUAAAAUAAAUGGAGCAUAUGCCAUUCCAUUGUGUGUCUGUAAUGAGUGAAUGUAUUUAUACCUUUUGAAUAGUUGACAAUAUUAUUUUUUAUUCACA